UUCCUUUGCUUGUAUUUUACCAUUCGUGUCGUUUCGGUGUGCCGAGCGCACGCUUCGCGGGUAGCGCUCGCUCGUUCACCAGCCGGCUCAUUGUCGCUAUAAACCAACCGUGACUUUGUUCUCCAAUCCGUAACGUCAACACGUGAAACAUUCUUACAUUUUUCGAAUAGUGAAAGAGUGAAAGAAAUACGACAAUAUCAGUGAAAUGGCAUGCUGAUCACCAUAAUGUUUGAUUGUGUUAGUUCACACUGUUGAUGCAGGGAACGCUGGUAACAUCUCAAACAAGCUUAAGUUUUCAGUGUGGCCAUGUACGCGACGUCGAUGGCGUCGACGCCGACUUCAGGGUCCCGGGGCGACCUCACCGGCGCAGUGGAGAGACGCAUACGGGUGAUACGACUGCUGCGACCGCGCAGAGCAGCACCGGCCUUCGGCUUCUCCUUGAGAGGCGGCAAGGAAUACGCCACGGGCUUCUUCGUAUCCAAAGUUGAGCACAAUUCUGAAGCCCACCUUCAAGGAUUGAAGGUUGGUGACCAGCUGGUAACCGUGAAUGGGUACCGCGUGGACGACGCUGUGCAUGCCGAGCUGGUCCAUUACAUCACAUCGCAGUCCAGGCUCAAGAUCAAAGUUAGACAUGUAGGAAUGCUGCCUAUAAGGGAAAAAGAAUACGAGCCUCUUUCAUGGCAAUUUGUAUCAGAGCGUUCUUCAUUGGCAUCAGAAGUGUCUUCCUCGCCUACCCUUUGCCACAAUACGGAUCAUAUGCCAGAUUUAAGGCUUUCUAUCUUAGUACCUCCAAGAGCUAAGCUUGGUUGCGGGAUAUGCAAAGGCCCAGAAUGGAAGCCCGGUAUUUUUGUGCAAUUUGUUCGCGAAGGCGGUAUCGCUAAAGAAGCUGGCUUACGGCCCGGCGACCAAAUAUUAUCCUGCAAUGGUCUAAAUUUCUCUAACAUAUCAUUUAAUGAGGCCGUAUCAGCCAUGAAAGUGUGCGGUCGCCUGGAACUAAUAGUACGAGAGGGCGCGGGUGCAGAGCUGGUGUCUCCAGAAAGUUCUGGUUACAACAGCUCCGCGUCGUCUGCCGCGGGAGAGAGGAGUCCCGCCUCAGUGGCACCCGUCGUGCCUCUCGCUCCCCCCGCCGCGCUACGAAGGAGGCUCGCGAGUGUCGCGGAGGAAGCUGCAGAUAGAGCAGAUAGACUAACAAUGAAUAGAAUGAAAAGGAGAACAUGGGACAGCUUGGAUUUCGAAUGGAAAAAUGGCGACAUACAUAAUUUUGAUGCUCCCUCAGACAUAGAACCUGAUUACGACAGUCCUAGUAUACCAAAUAAUCCUCACACCUAUGAAAAUAAGACCCAUAUGAUUAAUAACAAAGUAAAAAAUGAUUACGAACCAUCCAAAAAUACGACUCAAUUAAAUAGAACAAUAAUAAAUUUGACUGAAGACGGGGCUACUAUACAGUGUAGCUACGAUAACAGUUCAUCGAAGAAACCCUCAUUCACCACGAGUCAGACGAAUAGAGAAAACGAAAAGAAGACAAUAGUUGUAGAAGUACACCACAAUAUGAAUUCCGCACAGAGUGGGAAAGCACAUUGUAAUUAUCCAGCACCGCCUAAGUAUGAUAUGAAUUUGGAUACAACUAGUAUAUCAAGUUCUGCUACGUUAUCGAGUGCCAUUGUAGAGGAGAUACAACGAAGGAAAUUGAAUAUGAAAAAAUCAUCGACUGAUAAAGAGCCAAUAAUACCAGUCAAGAAAGUAAGUGUCACAAAACCAGUUGAAGACGACAAGAAAAAACAUCAUGAUGCACUAAUGGAUGAAUUUAAGAAAGUACACAGAAAAAUGUUUGCCAAUCAAGAAAAUGAACAAUGCACAGCCAACGAUGCGGAAAAUAAUAUGGAUCGGCAACACACAUUGCGAGUAAGGAAAUCUGUUGAAGAAUCGAUAGAAAAUUUAAAAGAAAAUCACAUCCAAGAAAGACUAAAUAAUGCGGAAAAACCACCUCCACCACCUCCAAUGCCGAUCUCCAAUGGUCAUCAUGGCGUCGAUACUAAAAAUGGGGAUCCAAAACCAAAGACAGAUGAAACGAAUUUCUUAAAAUCACCUAAUGUGAAAAAGGUUGCAACGGUCAAUCGGACUCCUACACCCGAUUACAAUAACAAAGACAUACCUGUGCCAGUUAAAGCAAAGAAUUAUAUUGAAGGAAAUGCUGAUAUAGAUUCGUUAGAGUCUUAUAAACUACAAAAUCCAUCGAACAUGCAGCCAAGGCCUCCUUCAAAUUAUUUCAGUAAAGCACCCAAUGGAACGGCCACUAUGAAAAAACAUUCCAGACCAGUAUCCGUUACCAUUGGAGAAUAUGUUAACAAUAUGCAUACGAGAAGAGAGCCUUCAAAAUUAGAAUUCCUUAAUGGAGACACUAAAAAGAAUGGACAUAAAAUAAUAGACGAAGAUUCCAUAACGAGCCGUCUGCAAUCAGAAUUAGCUAUGACGCUAUCUAGGUCAAAUUUGCGUAAAAAGACUGAAGCCAUGGAUUGUAAUGGUAUCUUAGCUAGAACCUUAACUAAGAUCGAUUCGGUUGAUGAAAAUUUUCACGCUAGAUAUGGCAACAAUUUAUUACCGCUACCGCCAACUAUAACCAUACCUAAAGUAACAAAAUUCAAACAUUGAUCGUCCAAUGCCUGCGCCACUCUAAUGAUAGAAUAAAAUUAGGCUGAUGGAGAACGGUAAUAACAUAUUGGAUUAUUAAAACUAUUUAUGUUACUUUUAGCCAAUAAAAUAUUCAAGUCAAAAUAAUUUUAUAGUAUAACUAGAUGUGAACCUAUGUUAGGUGUCAAUAGAGGUCAAGUUGAUAUGUUUUUGUGAAGAACUUUACCGUCGAUGUAAUUUUCAAAAGAUUUUUUUUUUAUUUUCCAUAUUAUAUAUGAAUAAGAAAUAAAAUUUAUUUAGGAAUAUUUUCAUGAUUUCAACGUGUUGUUUUAUAAUAGGCACACUUGAAGACUUCGGCGCACCUCAUGUAGGUAUAGGGACGUAAAAAUAUAUCAGUGCUUGCAAAUGUGUAAUUUUAAUAAUUCAUUUAGAUUGAUUGUCUGUCGCGAUAGCAGCCAUGAAAUAUUUUGAUUACUUAUUUACUGAAUGUAAAACAAUAUUAUGAUUUGUCUUAAGUGUAUGUUGAAAAGUUUAGAUUAUUUGAUGGUAAACUCAAAGCAAGACUGAGAUUCGCACCUCGUGGAGCAUCGGAAUAAAAUUCAAUUUUGGAACUGUGAAGUAUAAACACUUACCUAAGUCAUAAUUAAUGUUAUUUUACACAAUAAAUAUAAGUACUUCAAAA